GCGGCGCCUGAAGGCGAAAUCCAGCGCUAGGUUCGCCGUUUGCGGCUCAACAGUCACAAUUCCAUGAUGGCUUAGAGUCGGCGCUUGGCACCCGUUAUGGCCGCCGGCACUUGCUCAGGCGCAGGAUGCGUCGGUAUGCUGGACAUUGUAGCGGAUAGUAUUAACCAGGCCAAGCUAGGCCCUUCGACGGUGCAGAGGCAUGCUUCAAAGGCCAACAGCUGCGGCGGUGGCGCCGGCAGCGGCAGCGUCCGAGCUGGAGGCUUAUACGCCAACAGUCCAUUGUACGGCAGCGGAUUCAGUAGCGCCGCCGGCAGCGGUAGAUACCGACGUGGCGUUGCCAGCGGCAGUGCUCACGGUGGAGGUGGCGGUACAGGCGGCGGCGCCGGCAGCAGCCAUGUGGGGGGCGGUGGCGGCAGCGGGCGACAUAUCGUGCCGCCGCGGUCGCGUCCCGGCAAGUGGGACGAGGUCAAGCUCUGGCAGCUGGGGUACCGACAGGAGCUGCCGCGCAGGUUCACGAUGCUAAACAACAUGGCCAUAUGCACCAGCGUGCUGUCGUUCUUCGCUAUCGUGGACAUGUACGGCACGCAGGGCCUAGCGUACGGCGGCCCCGUGAGUGUGGUAUGGGGCUGGGCCAUCAGCGCUGUGUUCAGCAUUGCGGUGGCGCUGAGCCUGGCUGAGCUGCUCAGCGCUUACCCCACCAGCGGCGGGAUUUACUACUGGUGCUGGGUGAUGGCCCCCGUACGACACCGCACCCUGGUGUGCUGGAUGGCGGGC